GUAGUGGAUCAGUUAGAUCCUGAGCCAGAGGAACACGGUGCAUUAGAUAUAGGAGGAGAUCCACUGAAGGAUAUGCAGGGGUAGACCCUAGGGCCUAUUGAGUAACCACACAUGGAACACCUGAGGAUUACAAAAGCUCUGAUGUCCUCCAAUUAGGUUUAUCCCUCCGCUUUAACUCCAGCCUUCCCCGUGUGUACUUUCCUAUCAUCCCUCGUGUUGUGUCUCAGACAUAUUCGGCUUAUUGGAGUGUCAAUUCUUUCACGUUUUUGUCCAUUAACAAUGGCUUUUUGGAGGGUUAUGCUUUUGGUGGGCUUCUUCUUGCUUGGCAGAGGUGAAGGUAAAGUAUGUGACAACUUUUCUGACGUGGAUUUCCGUGAGGCGUUCUUAGGAACCAACCUGUAUGUACGUCUGCUCCUGUACACACGCUCCAACCUAGACUGUGGCUAUGAGCUUCCUCAUUACAACUUCACCAAAGUUCCUCUGUUCCACGUGAGCCGACCCACCACCUUCGUCAUUCAUGGCUACCGGCCCACCGGUGCGCCCCCCAUCUGGAUUGACCAUAUCAUGCGUCUGCUGGCUGAGCAGGCCGACAUGAAUGUCCUGGUGGUGGACUGGAACCGUGGAGCUGCCAACCUCAACUACUUCACCGCCGUAGCAAAUACACGCCACGCCGCCGCCAACAUCACCGCCUUCAUACUCCGGAUGACAGAUGAGGGAGCAUGUCUUGACUCGAUUCAUCUGAUAGGAGUGAGUCUGGGUGCACAUGUGGCUGGGUUUAUAGGAGCCAUGCUGGGGGGCCGAGUGGGACGAAUCACAGGUCUGGACCCGGCCGGCCCAAUGUUUGCAGGCGUGCCUCCGGAGGAGCGUCUGGAUCCGACAGACGCUCAAUUUGUAGACGUCUUACACACAGACAUGAACUCAUUUGGCCUCAGAGGAGCUAAUGGCCAUAUCGAUUUCUAUGCCAAUGGUGGAUCAGACCAGCCAGGGUGCCCCGAGACUAUCUUUGCAGGCAAGUCCUACUUUGUUUGUGACCACCAGCGCUCUGUGUUCCUCUACCUGUGUUCCCUAAACCGUACCUGUCGCCUCACUGCGUAUCCCUGCUCCUCCUACAGUGACUUCAUCAACGGCCAGUGCUUGCAGUGUGAGGCCUUUAAACCGGCUUCCUGUCCGGUUCUGGGAUACGACUUGAGCCAGUGGAAGGACAAACUGCUGAAACUGGGACAGACUAAAGUUUACUUUUCCACCACCGCAGAGCCGCCAUACAAGAAGACGAGUUAUGUAGUGGACGCUGUUACAUGGAAUCAGUACCUGCGAUGGGGGGUCGUUAUCCUUCGCCUACACAGCACCAAAAACGCCACAGAGACGAGGAUCAACCAUAAGUUGCUACGGUUUGAGCAACACACCACUACGAGACUUCUCGCCCAGUUCGACGAGGACGUGUAUCCGGUUCAGAAGAUCUCCUUCCGGAUUGUCACUGGAAACGUAAUCGGGCCUCGAUAUAAGAUUCGUCUCCUAAACAUUACAAUUACGCCACUGGAUCUGCCAGAGAGGCCUCCCAUGUGCCGAUACGACCUGGUUAUGGAGGAGAAUGCAGAGGUGACCUUUAAACCACUAUCGUGCGAUGCUGCUCAACGAUAGGCUUCACAAAAUUGUUGACUAUGCAACGAGAAAACACAGAGGAGAACCUUCAGUGGAUUUUGGAUCAUCUAGUGCCUUUAAGCGAAGACAUUUUCUGUAAUUAUAGUCUGGUUUUAUAGUCCAAUGUACAUCACAGUUCAUUUCUACACUUGAGAUGUUUGCGGAUUUUUUUUCUAUUUUGAUUGAAACCAUUUGUUUGGAUAUAGUAAAUAUCUGCUUGUUUAGUAGUUUUUUUUUUUUCGAAAAAAUACAUAUUCGAUGAUAACCCGAACCCUAGAUGAUUUAUAACAUUUAUAUAGAAUCUCAUAUGCAUGUUUUUAGCCACAAAAGAAUUUUUUAAAGAUCCUGACUCGAUGUGUGUCACACAUUUACUUUUCCCCACCACAAAUCAGACUAUAGUGCUAUAAGUGUUCCAAGCCUGGAGCUUCUGAUCUCUUUUAACAGGGUUCCUACAUACUUUUUCAUGCUUUUCCAAAAUGCAUAGGACCCCUGCUGUAAUCAGAAUUCACUAGCAUGCAGUCUGAUUGGCUCCUCCUUGUGAGUAACGUCAUGGACAACAAAAUUCUCAGCUUUCGGAUCCCUGGUCCUAUUCUGAGCUCUCAGGUCUGUGUGAAGAUUCUGUGCAUGUUCUCAUCAGUUUUCACAUAGACUCCAGGUUCCCCUUCAUCCUCCCAUAGCCAGUGGUGGAUUGAUCAAAUAUUACCCCCUAGAGGGAGUGUGUGUGUGUGUGUGUGUGUGUCAGCAUUUAAUCCCAUUCGAACUGUAUUCCUGCCAUGCACUCAGGAUCUCUGGAAUAGGCUUCAGACCCACUGUGACCCUGACCAGGAUAAACUGCUUACAGAAAAUGAAUAAAUGGUGACUGGUUAUACUUGUGUGAAAAUAAUAAUAACAAGGAGACAAGCUGUUAUGUGUAUAUUUAUUUCAUACAAAACUAUAUGUACAUUAAUAGAUGAAAAUUCUUCUGAACAUAAACAAUUGUUUCUCUUAAAACAAAUUAAAACAUGAUAAAUGGGAGGGAAAAUGUCGCAAAACCCACGGC